GGAUGCUUUUUUUUUUUUUUUUUUUAACCUGCUGGUCAUGGAUAGACUGAACUGCCUACGGACGAGUUUCAACUGCAAUUGAAACUCGGCCCCUGACUAAAGUGCCAAAUCGGUGUCUGGAAUGCAAUUACAAACCAUUUUCGUGACUGCGCCGAAGUUACCCCUUAAAGAAAAGUGGCUAAAAGAGCGAACAGUGAUUUUUAUUUUUCAAGAGGAGGCCAAGGACCUGACGCGGGGAGUAAAAGAGGAUUUAAUUAGGGCAUAUGAGGAUGGGUGGACAGCAAGAAGGCUGUUUAAUCCUGAAUUGCGGCGAGGGAGAGUGAAAUUUGAGGGCCCUAAUGUGGUUUCUUAUGUUGCUAAGGCGGUGGAAGGGGCCAACUGGUUGGCUCAGAAAGGCACGAUUACCCUCAACUUGAGGGGUAAGGACUACACUGUCACCCUGAAACCCUGGAUGAUGAAACAAGAGUUGAAGGAAGUGAAGCUUAGGGAGGCCGAGACUAACUUUUGGAUAGUCGCGUUGAGGGUUCCUCUGGAGGCGAUGUACUAUGUUGCCUCGGCGGCGGAGGGGUUGAUUGGAGGGGUAAAGUUCAUGCACCCCCCGGAAGCGGAUAGAUCCAAACCCAAGCUAGUGAACAUGAAGCUAGACAUGGAACCUCAAGCUAGGUUCAGAGUUGAGGAUCACCUGCUGAUUGAAUCCCCGAAAGGGGGGGUGUGGAAAGUGGAGGUGGCAACCCCGUUCUCGGACUGGUGUCGCAAUGCAGAUGUUCUGUUUCAGGCGGGAGUUCGGUGGUUUAAGUUGGACGGGAUAAGAGAGCAAAAUCGUCACGAGUUGGAAACGCUGUCGUUGGCGCAAGAUGUUUCUGGUUUGCUGCUGCUUCAGCUUAAUGCCUCCUUACCUGCUGAAAAGAAUUUGCAGUCGAGGUUUAUGGAGGACUCCUUGGUAGUUGGAUGGAGAUCCCCUUCUCAUUCUGCACAGUCUGCGCAGUCCCGGGGCUCAGGGAGCAGAAGUUCGAGGCGUCAAUCCCCUGCACAAGGGCAGCGCAGAGGGAGCAUUCCGGUCUCAGACAACUUGGUGAUUACAGGGGACUGGAAUGUCUCCCUGGAUGAGGCUGCUAGGGAGGGAUCCCAUACAGCAGGGUGGAAGGAUGCUUGUGCUCUGUUGGACCUGAUGAUGGCUAAGGGCUUAUCUGACCCAUACAGGUCACUCAACCCCGACGAGGCAGGGUACACAUGGUUUUCGAAUGUGAGGAAAGACAAUGGAGGAAUCACUCGAAGGAGGUUAGAUUAUUUUUUGGUUGGGAGGGCCCUGCAGCAGGCUGUCACACAGGUGAAGCAGCUCUCGCACCCAUUGUCUGAUCAUAAGCCGGUGGUGGCAGAUCUAGUCACAGCAAGGUCGGAAGAGAGGGGGAGGGGUUAUUUCAAACUGAAUGCCAAGGACUUGGAGGAUCCGGGCCUUAAAGGUUGGGUAGCUAACCACAUGGAGGCUUGGCAAACGACCAAGGGGGAUUUUGGUUCAGCAGCCGAAUGGUUGGAUGGGGGUAUAGCUAUUAUCUCAAGGGUUCUCAGCGUGAGCUCUAGGAUCCUGGCCAGGGAAAGGAAUAGAGAGGAAGAGCAAUGCAAGCGAAGUGUGGAGGAAGCGGAGAGGAGACUGGAGCAGCACCCCAUCUCCGAACUGGUGUGGGCGGCAGAAAGAGAGAAAAGAAUGGCUGCGUGGGAGAAGCUGCAAAUUGAGCGUCAGGCUAGAUGGGAGGAGAACCUGAAGGUUAAAGGUAUCAUUGUGCAAGAUAAGCUAUCGAAAGAGAACUUCCAGAGGCUGCUGCCUAGUUACUGCUUCCACCAGGUAGUUCAGCUCACCCAUCCCCCACCAGUGAUCUCCCCCGAGGGCAUUUUAGAUUAUGCUCGGUUGUACUACUCAGACAUAUUGAUGUCCAGGAAGCCUAGGGAGGACGUGCUCAGUGAUCUCUCUAUGGAGCUGGAUAUGUGGGAGGAUACAGAUGCGACACUAGUUCCAGCAGAGCGGUUGAGCCUAGACAGACCUGUUUCUAUCGAUGAAUUGCAGCACACUUUGGCAGUUAUGGCAGCGGGGAAAUGCCCAGGAAGAGAUGGGUUGACUGUAGAAUUCUAUCGGAGUUGUUGGGAUGCUGUAGGACCAGCCUUGGUCGAAGUCUACAACAAGGUGCUGACAGGGGAAAAGCUGGGGGAUUUGAUGACCUUUGGGGUUAUCUCUGUUAUGUUCAAAAAAGGAGAUAAAUCCAACAUCAGGAACUACCGGCCUAUCUCGGUGUUGAACGUGAGCUACAAGUUGCUGGCCAAGACUUUGGCGUUGCGUUUAGGAAGGAUCUUGCCUAAGCUGGUGGAGCAUGAUUAGGGGGCUUUCGUGCAAGGAAGGUUGAUAUUUGUGAACAUUCU